AUGGCUUCCUCACCGCAGCAAUCAUCGUCGUCACCAGAUGCGCCAAUCGAGGAAGAAGAUGGCGCAGCAGAUCUGCCCAUGACCAUGGCAGCAUCCGUCGUGCUCGACCAACUACCCAAAGACGCACACCGAGCUCUCGAGACAGCCGGCGAACUCGAACAGGCCAAAGUCACGGUGCGUCUGUCGCCACUGCCGAACACGCCACAGCUGAAGCAGCCGCGGUUCAAGUGUUCGAGCAAUCAGCGCUUUGAGUAUAUUGUGCGGUUCCUGAGGAGGAAGCUGGGGCUGAAGGACUCGGAGUCUGUGUUUUGCUAUGUGAAUUCGGUCUUUGCGCCGGGGUUGGAUGAGGGUGUGGGCAAUCUUUGGAGGUGUUUCAAGGUCGGCGAUGAGUUGGUCGUCAACUAUAGCAUUACGCAGGCAUUUGGUUGA